UCCCCCUACAACUGUCAAAAAUUUGACGUGCCGUUCAGUGUGCGUGUCAAGCAGUAAGGAAAAAGCACAUUUUCUCGAGGCCAAUUUCACGUGAAAGAGCCACUUUUCACCUGUGCCAGUGCUCUGUGGACAUUCAGAUACUUGCCCGGAUAGAUAAUGAGUGACAAUCGUGAGAAGAUUCUCGAAGAAAUCAAAGUUCAAGGAGACAUUGUCCGAAAGUUCAAGGCAGCAAAGGAGCCUAAGGAAAAGAUCGAUGUGGAAGUGGCAAAGUUGUUGGCGUUGAAGGCAAAAGUUGCCGAAGAUGAAGCGGAAGCUUCAGUUGGAGGUGGAGGGCAGAAGUUUCUGCUGAAGACGCCCAAGGGUACCAGGGAUUACAAUCCGCAGCAAAUGGCUCUCAGACAAGGUGUCCUGGAUAAGAUUGUUACAGUAUUCAGGAAGCACGGUGCUGAGAGUAUUGACACGCCGGUUUUUGAGCGAAAAGAAGUCCUAACGGGGAAAUAUGGGGAGGAUUCAAAGUUGAUCUACGAUCUCAAAGAUCAGGGAGGUGAAAUUCUUUCUCUGCGCUACGAUUUGACCGUUCCGCUGGCACGGUAUCUGGCCAUGAGUAAGAUCUCCUCCAUCAAGCGCUAUCACAUCGCCAAAGUGUACCGGAGGGACAAUCCUGCCAUGACACGGGGGCGCUACAGGGAGUUCUAUCAGUGUGAUUUUGACAUUGCCGGCACCUACGAUGCAAUGAUUCCGGACGCAGAAUGCGUCAAAGUUGUCUCAGAGAUCCUCAGUGGACUCGAUAUUGGUGACUACGUGAUCAAGCUGAACCACCGAAUGCUCCUGGAUGGCAUGUUUGAGGCGUGUGGCGUGCCAGCUGAUAAAUUCCGCUCUAUUUGCUCAGCCGUCGACAAAUUGGACAAGUCGCCAUGGGCGGAAGUGAAGCGCGAAAUGAUGGAGGAGAAGGGUCUGGAUGAGAGUACAGCCGAUCAAAUUGGGGAAUAUGUUCAGCUGGCUGGUGGAUUGGAGUUGGUGGAGAAGUUGGAGAAGGAUCCGAAGUUGACAGCUGCAAAAUCUGCAGUUUCUGGCCUGGAGCAGAUGAAGAAGUUGCUGAAGUACUGUGAAGUUCUGGGUCUGACCAAUGAGAUCAGGUUCGAUUUGAGCCUGGCCAGAGGAUUGGACUACUACACGGGAGUGAUCUAUGAGGCAGUGUUGACGGCAAUGCCGGAAAUGGUGAAUGGGGGCGAAGUGGAACCCGUGACACUGGGAUCAGUGGCCGGUGGGGGCAGGUAUGACAAUCUCGUGGGGAUGUUUGAUCCCAAGGGGAAGCAGGUGCCCUGUGUGGGCGUUUCAAUUGGAGUUGAGAGGAUUUUCUCACUGUUGGAAGCCAAGCAGGCGGCUGAAGGGAUCAAGAUCCGGACGACGGAUGUGGAAGUGUUUGUAGCCAGUGCUCACAAGGGAUUGCACGAGCAACGCCUGAAAAUCAUCACGGAACUUUGGGAUGGUGGAAUAAAAGCUGAACAUUCCUACAAGGAGAAUCCCAAGUUGCUGGUGCAGUUGCAGCACUGUGAAGAGGCAGGAAUACCAUUUGCUCUGAUUCUCGGGGAUUCAGAGCUGAAACGGGGCGUAGUGAAGUUGCGUGAAGUGACAUCGAGGAAGGAGGAGGAGAUCUCAAGGGAAAAUAUCGCCGAAGAACUCAGCAGGAGGCUUUCGCUCCUCCGAAAUGGGGAUUUUUAAGCAAAGAAAAAAACAAAGGGAUUCAGCGAAA